UGUUGAGUUGCUACCUGCUACUGCUAACUAGCUAAGUGUUUCCUGCCUGUGACUGGACACAGCUAUGGACAUCGACGCGUUAUUGGAGGCACUUCAAGAUUUUGAGAAGAAAGGGAAAAAAGACGCCAGUCCUGUUCUAGAGCAGUUCCUGUGCCAUGUUGCCAAGACAGGGCAGGCAAUGAUCUCAUGGUCACAGUUCAAAGCGUACUUCAUGUUUAAAUUGGAGAAAAUCAUGGAUGAUUUCCAGGCUUCAACACCUGAACAGAGAGGACUACAUAAUCCUAAUGUAGAGUAUAUUCCCUUCGAAGAGAUGAAGAAAAGGAUCUUAAAAAUAGUGGAUGGUUACAACGGAAUCCCAUUCACCAUCCAGCGCCUAUGUGAACUGCUUACAGACCCCAAGCGAAACUAUACAGGAACAGAAAAGUUUCUCAGGGGUGUGGAGAAGAAUGUAAUGGUGGUCAGCUGUGUGUACCCCACCUCAGAGAAAAAUGGGGCAUCCAGUGUAAACAGAAUGAAUGGAGUGAUGUUUCCUGGUAACUCUUCUCUAUAUUCAGACAGUCGAAACGUAAAUGGACCAGGCACACCAAAACCAUUCUACAGACCUAAGCUGUCAUUGUCAACUUCACUGUCGACCAACGGGCUCUCUGACUGUACAGUUAGCAAAGAGCCAGAGCCAGAGCCAACCACAGAGGAAGAGGAUGAGCACCAUAUCAGUGAUUCCUCACUAUCAGACGGUGAAAUUUCACCAAACAGCGGGAUAAAGAACAAACAUCCCGAGGAGGAGGAGGAAGAGGAGGAGGACUCUGAUGCUGACAAGCACGAAGUUAAGAGGCUCAAGUUUGACGAAAAGAAGGAAGAUGAAACGGAAAGUGAAGAAAAGGAGCCAUCUUGUUGUGAAGGGUCAGAGAGCGUGUCAGAGACACCGGAGGCUUCAAAAGACUCUUGUGGUCAAGAGUACAAGAGUGGAACACCUUGUGACACACCCACCAUUUCAGAGGAUCAUGAGCCCAGCAGCACACAUACGGAAACUUGUGAAAAGGAAGUAGUGUCACCUGAGAAGGAGGAUGCCCACAGUCCAAAAAAUGACAGUACUUUGGACCAACCUGAGCAGCCCGCUCCAUCAGAGAAGAGCACAAGCGUUGAGCAGGACAGUGGGGAGAGCAGCAGCAGCAGCAGCAGUGAUGGAGAGGGCCAACCCAGCGACAAGCAGGUCCCCUCUUCAUCUAGUAAUUCACCUGACUUGUCAACAGAGGGCGAUGCUGAUAAUUCAAACAGCACAGAGACUGCAAUUGAGCCUGGGGAACAUGACUAACUUGAAACCCAGCCUGCCAACAGACUGUUUUUUAACACUGUAUGAUACCACACCAAGGGUAUAUCUGUAGCACUGUGGACCUCUAAACUUCAGGACCAGGAGCGAUGUGGACCUUGAAGUUCCUCAUUGAAGGAUCUUUUUGUCUCUCUGAGUUUCUACUGCUAAAGCCCACACAUUGCCUGGUCUUUUAAACUGGAAGGAAAUGAUUUACAGGAGAUUAUGGAGACUCUGCUUUUUUUCACUGUUGACUAAAAGUUUUUUCUAAUCUUUUUUUCCCCAAUUUUUAUAUCUGAGCAUUAUGAUUUAACCUUGAUAACUGAUGUAUUAAAUAACAUCAUUAGUCAUUUGGCAUGUAUUUCCAAAAACAUACAUUUGACAGCUUGAGUUGUUGUUUUGGCCUGAGCAUAGUUGUUUUGACUAUCUUUCUAAUGAAUGUGUCCCUCUCCGGGUGAAUGAGGACACCUGCCAUUAAGAAUGAAAAGCAACACUUCACAGACAUCUUGUUUGCUUUUUCUAUGAAGCACAUAACACAAAACUUAAUUCUUAUUAACAUUAUCUUGCACUUGUUAGCAUUGACUCCUUGAAGGAUGUGGAAAAUGUCACCGUUCUGCUUUGUCACUGUAUGAAGCCAAUAUAACACAACACAAAGUUGCCAACAGUAACCAGUUUGGCUGGAUAGAGUAUUGGUUUGGCUUAAAUGAAGCCAUGUCUGCAUCAAAAUCUGUCAGCAUAACACAAGGUACUUUUACACUUUCUGUAUGUCAUACCUUAGCUGUACAACGGUCUCUUUUGAUAGCUAGGAUUUUUACAGUACAUAUCUGUAAAUCAGUUUUUGUAGACUUGUAAUACAUGUACAAUGCCUUCGUAAAACUGAUAAUCGCUGGAAAAUGAAUGCUUGAGCCUGUAUCAUAGUAUUCAUGGAAAGCAAUAAAUGCUAAAAUUUGAAGUGCG